AGGCAGGGCUUGUGUGUAAUACAGCAUCAGGCGGAGAACUUGCUUAUGUAACUGGGUCAGCAGAUUUAGCAAAAGGAGAGAAGAGGCAGAGGCUGGAAAUGGGAACGGUGAGCUGUCGGCAGGGGCAACAUGGCCAGGUGGCUGCUCCCCAUAAGCAGGGUGGCAACAUCCAGGGUGCCUGGGUCCAAGGCUGGAAGAGCCUCUGGUCAUGUGUGGGGACCACCAGGUCAGGUCUGGAAGAACUGUGGGAACUACGGGGGCAUCAAUGCCAGCACCAGAAGCCCCUGGAGCCAGCCCCACUACUAAUAGAGAAGCCUGAGUGGCCAGUGCCUCAGAUCAUCACCCUCUUUCUGCCGGAGUUUCCCAAUAGGCCCCUUAGGAGGGGUCAGCAGCUGAAGAUUUUAGGCCUUGUGGCUAAAGGGUCCUUUGGAACUGUCUUCAAGGUGCUAGACUCUGGCCGGAAAGCAGUAUUUGCAGUGAAGGUGGUGCCCAAGGUCAAGGUCCUCCAGAGGGACAUCCUGAGGCAGUGCAAAGAGGAGGUUAGCAUCCAGCGACAGAUCGACCAUCCUUUUGUACACAGUUUGGGGGAGAGCUGGCAGGGAAAACGGCACCUCUUCAUUACAUUUCUCUUUCCCAAAGGGAGAGGGGACAAACAACAUACGGCAUCAUUUUGGGCAGGUGGUCUAUAAUGUUUUGAGCCCAGGCACAGUAGGCCCAAAUGUUGCCUAGACUUCUGGUGCUUUUCAGUGUGCAGCUACUGUAGCACAGAUCUGUACUCCCUGUGGUCCACCGUUGGCUGCUUCGCUGAGGCUUCCAUCCGCCUCUUUGCUGCUGAGCUGGUCCUGGUGCUGUGCUAUCUCCAUGACCUGGGCAUCAUCCAUCGAGAUGUGAAGAUGGAAAAUAUCCUUCUGGAUAAACGAGGUCAUCUGAAACUGACAGACUUUGGUCUGUCCCGCCACCUGCCCCAGGGAGCUCGAGCCUAUACUAUCUGUGGCACUCUUCAAUAUAUGGCCCCAGAAGUUCUGAGUGGAGGGCCCUACAACCAUGCUGCUGAUUGGUGGUCCCUGGGUGUCUUGCUUUUCUCUCUGGCAACUGGAAAGUUCCCAGUGGCUGCAGAGAGAGAUCACGAGGCCAUGUUGGCAAGUGUGACUCACUAUGGCUCUGAGAUCCCAGCUUCUCUUAACCAGGGGCUUUCACUUCUGCUCCAUGAGCUCUUAUGCCAGAAUCCCCUCCAGCGUCUACGGCAUUUCCAUCACUUCCAGGUCCACCCUUUUUUUCGGGGCGUGGCCUUUGACCCAGAGCUCUUACAGAAGCAGCCAGUGAACUUUGUCAUGGAGACACAAGCUACCCAGCUUAGUCCAUCAGAGUCCAUGCUGUUCAAGGACUUUGACUGUAACCUGGAGUCCCACCUGGUCCACUCCAACCCUGUUUGAGACCCUCUACUACAGAUUCGGGCCCAUUUGGGAACCUGAGGAUCACCUCCACUGCCAACUCAGUACGACCACCUUGAUGAUCCAGUUUUUUACUUUGUAACCUCUUGUCAUUGUGUUCUUCUAGGCAUUGUACCAGAAUUUAAAUCUUGUGGAUCCUGCUACUGGCAGCCAUAACUGGCCAUAGUUCUUCCCUCAUCAUACAACCCACCUCUCAAUUCAACAUCUCAGAUCAGAGGGUUAACCCUUUUUUCUGGUUAAUUUAUCCAGUACUUAUACCCUGAAGCUUUUAGCCAGAGGCUUAUUUCACUUUUCUCACUUUUUUCUGCGUCGUGUUUCCUUUCUUGAGCAAUAAUACCACUUCAUGGGUUCCCAAGGUGCUACUUAUGUGUUUAAUAGCCGUGUCAGAAGCAGUAUGAAUAUUUUUUUGGAGGUCUCCAAAGCUGGCAUUUCAACCCCUAAAUAUGUACCUAAAUCUCAUGAUUCUGGGGACUCAAAGCCAGUUUGUAAUAAAUUUAAUUUUAAAAAAUUUAAAAAGUGAAUCAUAGUAGCUUAAUGUGAGAAAGAGAAUAAAUAGGAAGUAAAA